AUGCCCAAAUGUUUACUGAUAAAUAUAUGUGGCCUAAAUAAAACCAAAAAUCGAGUACGAGCACCGGUUGCCCUCGCAGCGAAUAUGAUUGCCACAGACGUUGAUAUUUGCAUUGUUUCGGAAACUCACUUAAAACCAGAUACUCCAGACUCGGUUGUAGCGAUAUCAAACUAUGUAUUACAUAGAAGAGAUCGAAACUGCUUUGGUAAUGAUAAAAGAAAGGGCGGAGGGGUAGCGGUCUAUGUUAGAAGUAACAUUCAUAUCGAAAGUGUUGACCGAUCGGACAAAUACGAAUCCAUUUCAGUCAUUGUAAAACUCCCUGGGGACCAUAAUAUGCUAAUUUGUGGUGUUUACAACCCUCCAAAAACAAAGUAUCAGGAGAUGGAUCUGUUAAACUUCUUAACAGAGAAAAUGGACGAUUUUUUAGACACUAACCCUGAUGGUGUUGUAUUGUGUAGAGGGGAUUUCAAUAAUUUAAAGAUCGAAAACUUAGUAACAAAUGUAGGCUUGGAUGUCAUGGUGGAUUUCCCAACAAGAAAUAACGCUAUAUUAGAUAAUUGUUUAACAAAUCGAGCCGAUCUGUUUACAAAGCCAUAUUCCCUGCAAAUGCAAAUAAAAACUGACCACCUCGGUAUCAUUGUGCCACCAGGAACUAAACUGAAACCAAUUCGAGUGAAGUGUACGAUUAGAGAUAGAAGAACCCAUCGUAUGUUAGCUCUAAAGAAUGCCCUACAACAACAAAACUGGUCGAAGGUGCUUGAUUCGGAUGAUGUUAAUGAAGCAGCAAAUAUUCUUCACACAACAAUAAUUUCUCUACUCGAUUCGUGCCUUCCAACAAGAACAGUUAAAAAGUCUACGAGGGAUCCAAUUUGGUUGACACCAUUGGUUAAAAGUCUUCUACAAAGAAAAUAUAAAUUAGUAGCUAGAGGAAAGAACGACCAAGCAGAGGAAGUAAGCAAGAGGAUAGCAGAGAUUAUAGCACAGAACAGGAGGAACAUGGACACGGGUACGUUUGGAUCAGGCAGUUGGUGGAACAAAAUUGACAAGUUAUCGCUGAGAAAAGAUACACCGAGGGUACUACUGGAGAGGAAUUUUGUUGAGGAUCUGAAUGACUAUUUCGCUGAUGUAUGUCAUGACCCUGAGUACGAGGAACCUUUGAAAAUGGACAUUAGUACUGCAUUUGAAACACCUCAGCUAGAUUACGAUCAAGUAUAUAACGCUCUAGGAUCGAUAAAACGAACGGCGACAGGGUCUGACAAAAUUCCUUACUGGAUAUGGAAAGAUUUUGCCAACAUUCUAUCCCCAGUUGUAAUGAAAGUUUGGAAUAUGUCGUUGGCCACAUCCAUGUGGCCUAGAUUAUGGAAAAUAGCUAAUAUAAAUCCAAUUCCAAAGGUCGACAUUCCUAAGAUAAAGAAAGAUUUCAGAGGGAUAAAUAUCACACCCGUAAUAGCCAGAGCGUUUGAAAGGAUAGUGUACGAACAUUUUUCACACUUUGAAGAUCAGUGGCAUGUUUUCUCAUGUAAACCUGUGGCCUUGACAACUCUUGUACAAAUUUUGUCAGAAGUUGUUGUUUGGGAAAAAUUAUAA